AGACUGGCUACUCCAACGUAGCGCCAAAACUAAAGAUGCUGCAUAUAGAAAGAGUGUUUAGAUUGUGUGUUCUAUAGUUAACAGGUUGAUGCUUGGGCCUGCAGUUUUGUCACCCUUUGUUUAACCUCGAAAUAUUUUAUAAGAGCUGCCGUCCAGAAGGGAUCAUAUAAAAGCAACUGCCCUGCAUGUCUCUAUAUGGGUAGCAGAAAAUGAAUUCCUCUAUUUUAGGCAAUAAGAAAUUGGAAGGCAAAGUGGUGAUCAUCACUGGCGGAGCCAGUGGCAUUGGUGAAGCCACGGCUCGCCACUUUGCAGACCACGGUGCACAAGCUGUGGUGAUCGCAGACCUACAAGAAGAAAAGGGUCUUGAAGUGGCCUUUUCAAUCGGCUACUGCUGCACGUUCAUCAAGUGCGAUGUCACUGACGAGCAGCAGGUUACAUCUUUGGUGGACUCAACUGUUAAGGCUCAUGGCAAGCUAGACAUCAUGUUUAGCAACGCUGGAGUCCUCAGUAUGAGCAGCAGUGAACAAAGCAUCCUGGAGUUUGAUCUCGAGGCAUCUGACAAACUCUUUGCUGUCAAUGUACGUGGGAUGAUCGCUUGUGUGAAGCACGCUGCGCGUGCAAUGGUGGAAUGUGGUGUUAAGGGGAGCAUAGUGUGUACAUCAAGUGCAGUGGCCAAUACAGAUGCUGCAAGGCCUAUAGACUACGUGUUGUCGAAGCAAGCAGUGGUUGGGCUGGUGAGGUGCGCCAGUAGAGGCCUGGGAGAGCAUGGGAUAAGGGUGAAUUGUGUAUCGCCUGGGCCAAUAGGAACGCCACUGAUGUGCAACUGGAUGCACACGAAUGCAGAAGGAAUCGAGAAGGCGUUCGAGUCGAUGAAUUUCUUGAAAGGGGGAGUGCUUAAGUUAAGAAAUGUGGCUGAUGCAGUUCUGUUUCUUGCUUGCGAGGAUUCUCAGUUUGUCACUGGACAUAACUUGGUUGUAGAUGCUGGUUUCAGGCCUUGAAUGAGUCGAUUUUAAGUGCAUUUGCUUGUGUCACAUAGUUUUAUAUGCUUAGUUUAAGCUGAGUGUAUGAAAUUUCUGAUUUCAUUUUCUAAGAAAGAAUUUGUAUGAAAUUCUGGUGCAUAGUUGUUUUGGGGCAACUAGUCUUUUUCUUAUAUGGACAGAAAUUCCCCUGA